CCUCGAUUGAGAACCGUCUUGCGCGUCAAUACUUCGGCAACGUUUUGCCAUCGCUUAAGUCCUUCAAAGGGCUGCAACCUCCCUUCUCAACCCCCCCCCCCCGGGCCAAGCCCCGUUUUUUAAUUCUCUCAUCCAUUUCUCUUCCCUUCCGUUUCCUCUCUCUCUGCGAAUUUGUCGCGUUUCCCUUAACUCUCAAUUCUUCACUCUCUGCUGGUGUCCCUCGCUCACCCAAGCAAAAGUACCACCAAAUUUCCUUCCAAUAAGAAAUAUUUAGCGGGCCAGGAUAUAAACAAUUAUGUGGGCUCGAUCGCUCGCUUCGGCUCUCAUAGCCAGUUCUCUCCUUUCCACGGUCGCUGCCGCAGAUCUUGAUCCUAUUGUUAUCAAAGGAAGCAAAUUUUUCUUUAAGUCUAAUGGCACUCAAUUUUUUAUGAAGGGUGUUGCGUACCAGGCCAGCCCCACAAACAGCACUUCUGGCACUUUUGUGGAUCCGCUGGCGGAUGAGGCUGGAUGCAAGAGAGACAUUCCUUUGCUCCAGGAGCUUGGCACAAAUACCAUACGUGUUUAUGCCAUCAAUACCACCUUGGAUCAUUCAACAUGUAUGAAAUUGCUGAACGAUGCCGGAAUUUAUGUGGUCAGCGAUUUGUCUGAGCCGACAUUGUCCAUCAACCGUAAUUCUCCUGAAUGGGAUGAUAGACUCUAUGAGCGUUAUACUUCAGUUGUCGAUGCGCUAGCCCCCUACUCCAACGUUCUCGGGUUCUUUGCGGGUAACGAGGUUUCCAACGAGGCGAACAAUACUAAUGCAUCGCCUUUUGUUAAAGCGGCCGUUCGUGAUAUGAAAGCCUACAUCAAGAAACGCAACUACCGCACCAUCCCCGUUGGGUAUGCCACCAACGACGAUGCGAAGAUUAGAUCUGAGCUCGCGGAUUACUUUGACUGUGGCAGUAGUAGUGAAUCGGUUGACUUCUGGGGCUAUAAUAUCUACUCUUGGUGUGGUAAAAGCUCAUAUACGGAAUCUGGUUAUGAUCAACGCACCAAGGAAUUCGAGAACUACAACGUCCCUUCUUUCUUCGCUGAGUAUGGGUGCAAUGUGGUUCAACCUCGAGUGUUCACUGAGGUCGAGGCUCUCUAUGGCCCUCAGAUGACACCUGUCUUUUCGGGAGGAAUUGUUUACAUGUACCACCAGGAAGCAAAUGAUUAUGGUCUGGUUGAGACCAGCGGUGAUGGGACAGCUACAAAGUUGGUUGACUUCAACAAUCUCAAGUCCGAGCUCGCAAAAGUCUCUCCGAGCGGUGUCCAGAGCAAUAGCUAUAAUCCAACAAAUACUGCUGCCCGUUCCUGCCCAACAGCCGAUUCUAACUGGUCGGCCUCGACUGCGCUCCCACCAACCCCUAAUAGGGAACUUUGCUCUUGCAUGGUAUCAGCUCUCAGUUGUGUUGCUGCCACAAAAGUGCAAGAGAAGGACACAGGAGAUUUGUUCAACUACAUUUGUGGAGAGGCCAAGACCGAUUGUACUGGGAUCACCGCCAAUGGCACUACAGGAGUGUAUGGCGCAUAUUCCAUGUGCAGCCCUCUAGAACGUGUUUCUUGGGCUAUGAAUGCCUACUAUACCAAGCAAAAGAAAGCCUCGGAUGCGUGCGAUUUUAGCGGAAGCGCAAAGACUCAAACCGCAGCCGCUGCCUCGGGCACUUGCAAAUCCCUCCUCUCUGAAGCCGGAGGAACCGCAGGAACCGGCACUGUCACAUCUUCGCCCAAUAGCUCGGGAACCGGGACUAAGGGGGCCGCUGCCGGUCUCACUAUUCCAGCGUUUCAGGUUGGUGCUUUCAAGAUCGGUGCUGGGUUGCUUGCGGCAGCUCUUGGUGGUGCAACUUUGGUUUUUGCAUAGAGAGCUUGUUGUAACCCCCCCCCCCACCCUCCAAAAUAAAUGGUGAAUACCAGGUGUCAAUGCUUACUCGAGUACUUCUCUCUCUCUCUCUCUCUCUCUCCCCCCCCCUUUUUUUUUCAACAAUUUCUUUUCCAUCUACCUGCAGAGGCAUUGUGGUUUGUCGGGAGACGAAGGUCAUGUACAAAAAAUGCGGGGUUGAACCGGGGUGUGGUAUCACACGGCAUGGGGACCAAGAUCGAAUGUUGAGAGCCUGGGUGGGCAAACCCAAAAAUCUGUAGUGUUGGGUAUAUCAUAGUUUUUACUUUUGAAGGGUUGCUUGUUUGUUUUGAAUUUUUUUUUACGAUACAGUACGACGAUAUCUUUGUGGCCUAGGGCCGAAUAAUACACCUACAAUAAUGUCAUUUGAAUUCCGCCAUA